UGGCUCGCUGGAAGCUCCCGUUUCUGACGCGUGGGUGGCGGAAAAAACGAGACGUUGUAGAAUUUGGUUUUGGCCGUUACAUGUCCCCUCGUGCCAUUAGGGCACAAGAGAGAGGGAGCAGGCAUCUUGGCGGCGGCGGCGGGGCCGAACCACCUCCCCCAGUCCUCGAGGCGCGAGGGGGGCAGGGACGGGAGAAGCAGCGCUCCCCCGGUUGAGGAGCCUCCCGGACGGUGCCUGGAGUAUGGGGGGCUGGUGUGAGCCCCCGAACAUGGGGGGCUGGAGCUGCCAGUGCCUCGUGGCCCGGUCCUGCCCAACAGUCACGUCCACGGUGCUAGUGCUCGGGCAGCUGUGGCAACUGUAGCCGCCCCGGGCUUGAGGUCUUCGGCGGGAAAGCCAGCAGCAUGCGUUCUGUCACUGCGUAGUCUCUGUGUCACCUCUCCCUCUGUCCUUCUUCCUUUUUCCUCGUCCCCGCUCCCCAUCCUUCUUUCCAGUCCCUGUGUGUAUUCUUUUCCAGAACUUCUAUUCUCCUUCCCUCCUCCCACAGCUUUCCUCCUUCUGCUCUUUAUUGUUCCUCCUCUUAAUCUUGUAUUCCCUCCACUCCUUUUCGCCACCCUCUAGUUCGUUCUGUCACCCUCCAAUACAAACUGUCCGUUUCCCCUCCCACACAUCAUCCCCUAUCUUCCCUCUUAUUUGUCUCCGCCCCUCGCCCCCCCCGCCCGAGUCUCCGCCCCUUAGCCCCCGCCCCCAGUCUCCAGUCCCUAGAAACUCAGUCCAGCAGUGAGUCUUGGGAACCCAUAGCUUAAGCACCAGGAGCUGAGCACUGCCCGCUGUACCUAUCUUCAUGCAAGUCUCCGACAUGGCUCAGGAGCAAAUGGAGCUGGACUUUGAGCCUGACACAUCUGAUGGGGGCACCCUGAGGAAAUCCACCAGUGCUCCCCUGAUCCAUGAGCUCAGUGACCUUUCAGAGGUUUUUCAACCUUGUGCAUUUAGAACUCGGAGGAACAGCACAACAAUUAUGAGCCAUCACAGUUUGGAAGAAGGCCUGGAUAUGAUGAACAGAGACAUUGAACAUGAAAGGGAAAUGCAAACAUCAAUGCAGAUAAGCCAGUCAUGGGAUGAGAAUUUGAGCCUGGGUGAUAGUGGUUUUGACAAGCAAGAGAAAUUAUAUUCUCCAAAGAGAAUCGACUUCACUCCUGUUUCUCCAGCACCUUCACCCACCAGAGGAUUUGGAAAGCAGUGCUUUUCACCAUCCUUACAAAUGUUUGUGAGUAGCAGUGGGUUGCCGCCAAAUCCCAUUUCUAAUCCAAGACCAUUUCCAAGCAGGGCAAGUCAGAGUCCAGUCAAGUGCAUUAGGCCCAAUGUUCUUGGUCCUCUGAAAAGAAAAGGUGAAAUGGAGACAGAAAGCCAGCCCAAGAGAUUCUUCCAAGGCACCACCAACAUACUGUCUCCAGAUGGUGAACAACUGUCGGAUCUCAGUUCAUGUUCAGAUAUUUUGGAUGGCAGUAGUAGCAGCAGUGGCUUAUCCUCAGACUCACUGGCUUCAGUCAGCGCUCCCGCAGAGUCUUCAGUAGCAUGCUCCAAUCCAUGCUCUUCGCCCAUCUUGAUGGAUGAUCUCUCACCCAAGUGACCUAACGAUUUCUGAUUCAGUGUUUUAGCUGCUGUUUCCCACUUAACACAGUGAGGAACACAGAGAACUUUGAUCCAUAAUGAGGAUUGAAGUUUGACAGAUGUCAGCCAUUGCGAUGCUCUUAAUUAUUAUUUUUUUGGCAUCUCUUUCAUGGAAAGUUUAAUUUUACAAGUGUAGUGACUUUACUAAUGUCUACUUUUUGCUGAUCUCAUUUUGUAUUUGAUGACUAAAUGUCAGUAUUCACUUUUGAUGUGCUUAGAGGAUUUUUUUACUUUGUGCCUCAAAGAGCACCUAUUUUUUCGUCUAAAUAUUCAAGGGAGGCACAAAUGUGUAUUAUCUAUAACGACAAUAAUAAUAGCUCUUUCUCCAGCAGUGAUAUGAAAGAGUUGAUCAGAAAUUAUCUUGCUUGAGAGAUUUUUUUUGUUCUUUGUUGACUACAUACUUUCUAGUCUCUUUUAUUUCAUGGUAAUACACAAACUGCUUUUGAUUAUAUCAAAUUUUAGUUUUUUCUGCAUCAGCUUAAAGUACAUUAUUUCGUUUCCCUUUCCUGUUUGGGCUGCUUACUUGCCAUUUCUCACAGAGGGAAAGAAACAUAACCGUUUCCAUUACUAUCAUUAUUGCUUCUUUGCUUGAAGAUUGGCUUUAGUGUUGAGAAUGUAAAUGGACUUACAAGAUGCCUGCAUUAGUCUUUGCAAAGUUCUUAGAACUUUGCUUCUACAGUUGCAAUUUCUCUCCCCGAAUCUAUUGCUGUAAGGAAUAUAUAAAAUAUUGUUGGUAUUUCUAGGUGGUGUUAUCAAGGAGAAGAAAUUCCUGCCUUGACCAGAUGUGUGGAGCAUCUACAAAUGAACGAAUAAUGUUAUUUACACCCCAAACCACUGUGUACAAAAGUGAGCAUCCAUGGAGCUGUCAGUGUCUCUGGUGGUGUUAUGGUGGUUUAGGUGCCUGUGGUCCAUUAUUGUGCUCUAAGGGAUGUCUGUUAUAAGGUAGUGUGGAAAAGGAGGCUUUAUGUAUAUGAUUGCCACAUACUAUUUUGCUUGCUACUUUUUUUCUGAUUCCUUUUUGUCAUUGGGUUUGUUUUGUCAUGUGGUAAUUUGUGUUUUGAUUAUUGUGUUGCUGCCAGAGGCAGCUCUUAUUCUUCUGCCUUAUAGAGAGUAGCUUAAUAUCUGCAAGGAAGCUUGUAGGAGCCAAAAAAGAUAAUAUUAUGCAUCCUGUUUUUAAGACGCUGUGUGAGCUGUAGUGUAUAUGCUAAAAGUAUGAGGUACCACGUGUUCUUUCAUUUUCCCAGAGAAAACUCCUGACUAAGGUAUUUAAGAAAUCUGCGAGUGAUCUGUUGUUAUGCUAUUUAUUAUUUAUUACACUGUCUAAAGCAUCUGUUGCAAUAGAUUUACUGUUCAGACAGGAUGGAUUACAUUUAAUAUGCACCCAUACCCACUAGGAUCAUAAUAUUCCAUUUUUAAGUGAAUGUAAGAAAAGGAAAACCACUGCAUUUGUGUUUUUUGAAGGAAAGAUCCUUAGAUUUAAAGGAAGAGGAUGCGCUUUGAAGGCAUGCACAGACUAGUGAUUGUGUACAGCUUGAAUGGAAACUUCUCUUUCAAUCAUUAGAGAGUAGCACUUAACUUUCAGUAGUUCUAUUGCAGUCAGUUGUGUUAUUCAUAUUGUAAUCAUCACCCUAACAGCCAUUACGUCUUAUGUUGUUUUCCCGGUACAAAGUUCAUAAUCCUUCACAUCUAACAUAUAUGUAUCUAUUACGAAACUUGUCCUCUCAUGUGCCAUUUUAAACACAAACUUCUUUGGCAGUAUCCAGUAUAUCUAUUCUAUUUCUAAAAAAAAAAAAACAACUAUUUUCAGAUGUUUUUGCCUCUGUGACAAUAAUAGAGCGUUUUUGUCUUUCAAGAGAUUUGUCCACCUUCACUCUACUGUCUUUUUUGCCUUAAAGGGAUACUUUUGAGUUCUAAUUUAGGACUGCUAAGAAAUAACCUCUGAAACGUGAUGACUUUUAAAUUUGUUUUCGAAAUUCACUGUUAGGGAAAACUAGGGCAGGAAAUUGAAAUUGUUCCAGUGGUAUGAGAACUUAGAAGCAGCAUGAUUCACUUUAUUGUUUCCCAAGGGUCAUUUUUUAGUUUGUAUUGUUUAAAUGGUGUAGAAAGUGAAGUUUGUGCAGGGAUUGCUUUGAAAUAAGUCCACAUAGAUAUACUAACCCACAUAUAAGCUUUGUUCACAGUAUCCCUUUAUUUUUAUAUAGAGACUAAUAUUUGAAAAGUGGUUAUAAACUUCCCUCUUCCUAUUCUAAUAUUGUGUUACUUCAAACUUCUAUUUAAAAUAAGUAUUAAGAAAUGAUAUGAAGCUCCUAUAGGUAAUGUUUUUGCUUGAAACUUAUAUAAUCACUGUUUUAUGAUAACUGCUUUUGGGAUAAUAGAAAGUUUUGUGAAAUAAUCAGCCUUAUGUGUAACUACUGUAGAGUGAAAA